AUACAUACCUAUAUAUAUAUAUAUAUACACACAUAUAUAUAUAUAUGUAUACAUAUAUAUAUAUAUGCUGAAAAAGUGGGGUUUUGUGAAAUUCAGUUGAGUUGAAAGCAACAAGACGAGGAGAAAGUUAAAGUGGAUGCGUUUAGUUGGCGUGAAAACUGCUAGCCAUGGCCACCUCGUGGAUAUUUCUGCUUCUUGGAUUGUCUUUUACAUUUACUACAGUGUACGGUUAUGUUCACUUACAUGCAAGAGAUCACUACCACAACCGAACUCGCUCCAAACCAUUUAAGAACAUACAGCGUGGUGCUGGCGGCGGCGGUCUUGACGGUCUGCUAAAAGGGAGCGAAGGGCGUCGGCAUUCCAGACCGAAACCACCAGACAAGAAACGGAAUGUCGUUAAUGCGUUGAGUCGCAGAGGCUUCAUACCUGAUACACAGAAAUGUUGUCGUGUGGGCAAGAAGGUUGCACGACGAAAGCUGGCGUGCAGUAUGAAUGUACAUCUAUCGAACAGCGACAGUAAUUCAUCAUAUAGAAGCACCAACUAUCAUAAAAGACAAUACUUGGGGAAACUUUUCCCCAAGAUCGGUCGAUGUGCGGCCAGAUUCACUAGCCAUUUUGAAAAGUGCUGCAAAAUGCGUCAAGAAUACAUGCAGCGUGUGAGGAAAUCCUGUAAAUCCCGAAAGAACUACAGGAAGAGAAAAUGCCGGGAAGUUGUCAGGCGGAAUUUACAAUAAUGAUGAUAACAACAACAACAACAAUAAUAAUAAUAAUAACAAUAAUAAUAAUAACAAUCUGCAUAUAUUCAAGACAACAAAUUAACAAACGUGUAUAUAUGACUCUGUUCGAAACAAUGAAAAAAAACAACCAAAAACUAAAAGCAUACAAAAACAACAGAAGCAUACGCAUACACACUCUCGCUGUGAAUGAUAGGCAACAAUUUUUUAGUAAACGUAAACAAAAUCACCGUGAUAACAAGAACUAGAACAGGGGUGGCGACAUAACAAAACGAGAAAAUAGCAAAAACGGAAAACUGUGAAAAGGAAAA